AUUUCUCCAAAUCUGCCCCAAAUUCCGAAUUUUACUCGAACUCCAAAAACCCUUCCCCUCUUCUCCCCUCGCCUCGGCCCGCCGGCGGCCGGCCACCACCGCCACCUCCUCCUCCGAUGGAUCUCGCCGCCGUCCACGCCGCCCUCGCCGGCAAGUCCUACUCCUCCGUCGCCCCGCUCUGCGACGACCUCUUCCUCCAGGCCGCGUCCCGGGGCGCCGCCACCGACGGCUGGCCCUACGCCGUGCACCUCCUCGCCCACCUCUACCUCAACGACCUGAACAGCGCGAGGUUUCUGUGGAAGUCGACGCCGCAGGAGGCGAAGGACGCGCGGCCGGAGCUCGCCGCCGUCUGGAGGAUCGGGCAGUGCCUCUGGAACCGCGAUUACGCGGGCGUCUACGCGGCCGCGCAGGGGUUCGAGUGGAGCCCUGAAAUCGCCGACUUCGUGGCCGCCUUCCUAGAAAGCUACAGAAAGAGGAUUUUCCAGUUGUUGACUUCUGCAUAUUCCACAAUCAGCGUUGCUGAUGUGGCUCACUUCAUGGGGAUGAAUGAGGAGGAUGCUACUAACUAUGCCAUGCAAAACGGUUGGAGCUUGGAUGCGGCAGCCAGGAUGCUUACUGUCGUAAAACCAAAGGUUAAGACUAACCAGAAGCUCGAUGCAAGCAAACUUCAGCGAUUAACUGAAUGCGUCUUCCACCUGGAGCACUAAAGUCCAGCAUUACGGGCAUCCCGCAUGACUCUUAAGAAACCUAUUUAUCAUAUGAUGCCAAGCCGAGAUUGCCUUUUCUCCGGAAAUCAGAGUUAGUUCAGUGUUGAAUUUCCAUCUGCAAUUGAUUUCUGGUUAGCGACCUUAGCCUUUCUCUGUAAUGGUUGCUUGUUGAUAUGGUUGGUGGUGGUUCUUGCCAGACUUACACUGAAGUAAAUGACACUGCUUAGUGUCAACUCGUAAGUUAACGUUGUUUUUUGAAGUAUGAGUUGAAAAUUGUUUCCCGUUUUACAGAAAGUCACUGUUAGUGUUGUUCUUGAUUAGUUGUGGCCUUUAUGCUUGUGCUUCAUUAGCUGCAUAGCUGCCAAUUGGGCAUCUAUUGUCUGGAUUUUAAUGAGAUUGUUAUCCUAGACAAAACCUGUAGUUGUAAUGCGUACAUUACUGUACGCCGUAUGCUUGUUAGUAUAUUUUUGAUAAUGGAUUUUCUUUGAUUAGUAUUA